AUGAAGCCGGGAUUCUCCAUGAAGCCGGGAUUCUCCAAGAUCAUUGCGGAGGAGUACAUUCUUCCCGACCAGAACGCUCGUUCUCUGCCUUGUAUGACUGACAUGGCAGUCAUGGUCUUCUGUUCGGGUCUGGAGCGAACGCAGCUACGUUGGACUGAUCUCAUGACGUCUGUCGGCUUGCGAGUUGUCAAAUUUUGGGUGCAUGAAGGCGAUGGACUGGGAAUUGUUGAAGCUGAACUGCCUGAGGGCAUUUGA